AGCCGUCGAUUUCAGUUCUCUUUCGUCUUUAGGGUUUUUGAUAUCUGGACGCCUUAAUUCUCCUCCACUGAGCCUGUAAUUCUCUCUCUCCCUCCCUCCCUGCGCAACCCGCAGACACACCAAAAAUCGGCCAUGGUUUUCGUCGCACAGAAGUCAAGAUCUUACUUCAAGAGGUUUCAAGUCAAAUUCAAGCGAAGGAGAGAGGGCAAAACUGACUAUCGUGCAAGGAUACGUUUGAUUAAUCAGGACAAAAACAAGUACAACACGCCCAAAUAUCGUUAUGUUGUGCGAUUUACCAACAAAGAUAUAGUUGCACAAAUUGUAUCCGCUAGCAUUGCUGGGGACAUGGUUCUUGCAUCUGCUUAUGCUCAUGAACUCCCCAGUUAUGGCCUCAAAGUUGGACUUACAAACUAUGCUGCAGCUUAUUGUACUGGGCUUCUGUUGGCUCGUCGAGUUUUGAAAGCACUUGAGAUGGAUGAGGAGUAUGAGGGAAAUGUUGAGGCAACUGGUGAAGAUUACUCUGUGGAACCUGCAGAAAACAGAAGGCCUUUCCGUGCUCUUUUAGAUGUUGGUCUUAUCAGAACCACUACUGGCAAUCGUGUUUUUGGUGCCCUCAAGGGAGCACUGGAUGGUGGAAUUGACAUCCCUCACAGUGAAAAGAGGUUUGCUGGAUUCAACAAGGAUGGGAAGCAACUUGAUGCUGAUGUUCACCGCAAGUACAUUUAUGGGGGACAUGUUGCUGAUUACAUGAGGACUUUGACAGAAGAUGAACCAGAGAAAUAUCAGACACACUUUUCUGAAUACAUAAAGGCUGGAGUUGAAGCAGACAGCAUUGAAGAGGUCUACAAGAAGGUGCAUGCAGCUAUUCGUGCUGAUCCAACCCCUAAGAAAUCUGAUAAGCAGCCUGCCAAGGAGCACAAGAGAUACAAUCUCAAGAAGUUGACAUAUGAUGAGAGGAGGCAAAAGCUUAUUGAGAGGUUGAAUGCUUUGAAUGCUGCUGCUGGGGCUGAUGAUGAGGAUGAUGAUGAUGAAGAUGACGAGUGAAGAUUUUUAUCAAAUUUUGCUUGUUGGAUUCUUCAAAAAAAGACAAGAUUUUAUCAGCUUUCAAUUUUGUUGCUUUUUGUUGAAUAUCUCUCCCAAAGACAGAAAGGAUACUGGUUGAUUGUUCUGACUUGUUUAAUUUUGUGUUUUUUUUUUCUUAGUUGUUGAAGUCGGAAUUCUUUUUUUUACAUUAUGAAUAUGUCUUAGGUG